AUCUACAACAGACUCCCCCCAACCCCAUCUACAACGGACCCCAACCCCAUCUGCCCCCGCCCAUCUACCACUGCCCCGCCCCAUCUACCACUGACCUGUCAAUCAAACUACUGACUCCACCCCCAUCUACCACUGACCUGUCAUGAUUGAACACAGACUCUGGGACUGGGACAGACCAUAUUAAAAUGAGAAGGGAGACUGGAGGGAGACAGCAGAGAGACUGGAGGGAGACAGCAACUAGAGAGAGACUGGAGAGAGACAGCAACUGGAGAGAGACUGGAGAGAGACUGGAGAGAGACAGCAACUGGAGAGAGACUGGAGAGAGACUGGAGAGAGACUGGAGAGAGACUGGAGAGAGACAGCAACUGGAGAGAGACUGGAGAGAGACUGGAGAGAGACAGCAACUGGAGAGAGACUGGAGAGAGACUGGAGAGAGACAGCAACUGGAGAGAGACUGGAGAGAGACAGCAACUGGAGAGAGACUGGAGAGAGACAGCAACUGGAGAGAGACUGGAGAGAGACUGGAGAGAGACAGCAACUGGAGAGAGACUGGAGAGAGACUGGAGAGAGACUGGAGAGAGAGAGCAACUGGAGAGAGACUGGAGAGAGACUGGAGAGAGACUGGAGAGAGACUGGAGAGAGACAGCAACUGGAGAGAGACUGGAGAGAGACUGGAGAGAGACUGGAGAGAGACAGCAACUGGAGAGAGACUGGAGAGGGACUGGAGAGAGACAGCAACUGGAGAGAGACUGGAGAGAGACAGAGUAAAAAAUGUCAUCAGGGGACCAGAGACUGAGGAGCCUCCAGGAGACAGCCAUCUCACUGUGGAAUAUGGACCAGAGACUGAGGAGCCUCCAGGAGACAGCCAUCUCACUGUGGAAUAUGGACCAGAGACUGAGGAGCCUCCAGGAGACAGAAUAUGGACCAGAGACUGAAACACAGAGACACAGUCUGUUCUCAUGCUCUGUCAGGACAACACGGUAACAACAGCAGUCUGUUGUCAGGACAACACGGUAACAACAGCAGUCUGUUGUCAGGACAACAC